AUGAAUAAAGAUGCGAUGACUAAUUGGACAGCAACUAAAAGCGGUACACAACAGCAAGCCAAGGGCAACGAAAGUACAAAUUAUGGACAAGAACAUGAACGGUCGAACUCCAAAACAAAAUCAAGAUCCUCCGUGCGUUCGAGAUCGAAAACGAGGUCAAGAUCAAGAUCUAAAACGAGGUCCAAACCUUCUGGAUCAGGGAAGCAAACUUUCUCUGAAAAGACCCCUUCAAUAGAAAACUGCAAAUCCAACGGUGGACCUUUACAAGCCGCAGGUAAAGCAACAACAAUGUGUAUUAUUUAUUUAUUUUAAAAAAUCCUGGUUUCUGAUUGGCUAGCAGCCGACUGUGAAAUUGUCAUAUCAACUCAAUGGCUAACUAAAUACGGAUUUUUCACAUUCAUAUUAGCAAAAUGACGUCGAAGAGUCAAUAUGAAAAAAAUUUGGACGCGUUCGCGCCAUAUUACUGUGACAAUGAUAAUCAUAUUGACUCGCUGACGACAUUGAUAUGACGCGACGACGGCUACCGAAGGACUAAGGAAUUGUGUGGAAUCUGAGGAACGGAGAAAAUGUGUUUUUUUAUUUCAACGAUCUGUGUUUUAUGUGCUUUCGGUAUUUACUUAUGUAACAAUGUUAUCGUUGCAUCUCCCAAGAACAUAAAUAGUAUCUCUGAAGUUUUUUGUUGUGCGUUUCAGAUAUUUUAGCAACAUUAUUUCCAAAUGUAAGAAGAAGAUCACGCUCAGAAACGAAGUCUAGAUCACGAUCAAAAACAAGGUCUACAUCGAGUUCACGAUCAAAAACAAGUCACAGAAGGAGAUCGCGAUCAAAAACGCAGUCUAAAUCACGAUCGAAAGGUCCAGAUCAAGAACUAGAUCCAGACCUUUAG